AUGUCAUCUCUCUUCAAAUAUUCUGCGGUUCUGCGGAUCAUCAAGGCGCGUGAGCGCUGUCACAGAUUGAAGAGAGAGAAGAAGAAGGCAUUUAAGCAAGAAGAGACAGAUCACAAGACAUAUUAUAAUGCCUUGAAGAGGCUCUAUGAGGAGAAGGAGAAGAAGAAGAAGAAUAAGAAGUGA